AUGCGGUCCCAAAACGUUUUACGCAGGUCGAGAGGACUUUUUCGGACAAAAAGCCCCCUCUCACUGUAUUCCAGCUCUAUACCUCCUCGUCUACCUAGAAAGUCGGCUGCCAAACGAUUCCUUCCGCCUCACGAAAAACGACUUGUCUCUACAGACAACCAAACACUGGGAGCCUCAGCUUCCGCUCCACCGCCAGAGACCCCAUCUGAAGAGCCUUCUGACAUUUCUGACGCUUCCUCAACAUCUUUGCCGGACGAUCUUGAUAAAUUAAAAGGUAAACGUCGUAUCGUCUCUUCUUCAUCUACGUCCAAAGAGCGGGAAACCGUAGAAAUACCUGAAGGCCUUCAUAUACUAUGGAACCCAGAUGAACUUCCUUCUGAGCCUCUCAAUCCGGGAUCAGUGCCUCCUCCGGAGAUACUGGAGGAAGUGCUUCAUAAUUUGCUUGCGACUCUCCAUCCUCACACUCAACAUCGUGCUGCGUAUCCUCCACCGUUGGCGCAAUCUGAAGAGCCUACUCUUGCACUCUACUGCCCAAUUGAAGGAGGAGAUUAUAUCAUUGACUCAACCGUUGUUGAACUGGCACGAAGAACGGGCUCAGAAGUGCUUGUCUUGGAUGCCGUUCAGCUGGCAGCUGGCGAAUGGGGGUACUUUGGGCCAGGUACGUCGCCUUUACAUGAGUUGAAUCUGCACCUGACAAAUUUACAAGCUGCAAGCUCACUGAAGCUACCUCGCAAUCCAUUGCAUUUUGCUAGCUCUGGCCCCUCCUCUAAUAAAUCAAGUUCUAUGUCUUCUUAUUCGGAAGAUUUUGAUGAAGACGAACCCGAAUUUUCUCCUCCCCGCCAGAUGAUGUUCACAGUGAUGACUCCUUUGAGGAGAGGAAGCAGUACAACUGUGAUAAAAUCUAAACGAGCCGCUCCGCCUAGCAAAGUCAAGGUUUUCUUCGAUUCUCUUGUCAACCUUCCGUCAAAUUCAACUGGCCCAGUUUCUCGACCUAGAAUAAUUUACAUUCGUGAUUUUCCAACUCUCGCGUCAACUGCCUCGGCCUGGUACCCAUAUUUGCGCGACGCUGUUAGCCAGAGACGGAAAGGUCCGAUGACGCGUUCCUCAUCACCGGUUCCAAACCCAAUCACUAUCGUAUUUGGAAUGUCUCCACCACUCUUUCCUCCUCCAGACCGUCCGAUGCAUCCCACUGGUAGCGGUGUUCUGAGCCUUCUGAUGAACCGUUCUGCGUCACCUAUGUUCCCGACUUCCAAUCCAAAGCCCGACAAAGUUGAUUGGAGCGAAAGCCCAGUUGCGGAGCAAGCUAGAGAAAAGCGUUUACAGCAACGACUUAAGAGCUGGGAAAGAGGAGAAAACGUUGCGAUGGAUGAACAUGACAAAUAUACCGAAGAUCCAUCCGACAGUGCUGGUCGCCGCAGGUCAGACGUGAUAGUUCUUGAAGGGAGCAUCCCCUCCCAGUCUGGAUUCUCUAUGCCUGUACCAUCAGGUUCUUCUGGCACUGUGGAGGAUGCAGAAGGCCCUUCCUUCUAUAGAACCUCUGUGUUGGUACCCAGUGUGCGUUCGGUGUCGGAUGAACGGGACUAUCGUGUUCUACGUCGGAGAGAAAUAAAUGAACUGACGAUGCGUAUGGCAAUUGGACAAGUCGGUGGUAAAUUAUCAGAGGAAAGUGUGUCAUUCAAGGGUGGGUUCUCCACAACUGCCAACGCACAAUCUACAGGAGAAACCAACAAGACCGAACUCGUUCCGGAACCUUCGUCCACCGACUCACAUCUCCAAGAAAUAAAUUUUUCCUCUUCCUCUCCUGAAACCUCCGAACAGGAGCCCAUUCCCAAGCGCAUGUGGGACGAUCCCAAAAUGUGGGAGGCAUGGGGUGGUCAAUUAGAGUCGUGGUCAACCGUUAAAGACAUAGCUCAUAGAGCUAUCGGUGGUGUGGUUGCCUCGCGGGAAGCUACUAAGCGACCAACGUUAGAGCAUACUAAUGUUUCGUGGUCAGAUGUACAUUACGCAUGGGGUGCUGUGCAUGGGGCGCUCGAGUACAGGAAGUCAUGGCUCAAGGACUCCGUCCCAGUAGCGCGUAAACUUGAAGAUGAACCAGAGACCGAGCAAAGGGCCAAGUUGGGUUACGAUCAGGUCAUAGAAAGUGUCAAGAAUGAUCCCGAAAUUGACCCACACGAGCAGAGGCUGCUGUCGUCUAUCGUGGAUGCAGCCACCAUGACUACCUCAUUCAGCCAAGUUCAUUUGCCCGCUCAUACGAUUGAUUCCAUUCGAUCUAUCGUCUCUCUUCCUCUUUUACAUCCUGGAGCAUUCCAAACUGGCAUCUUGAAGCAGCAUGGAAUGACUGGGUGUCUUCUCUUUGGUCCUCCUGGUACUGGUAAGACUUUGGUCGUCCGUGCGCUUGCCAAGGAGGCAGGUUGCCGUAUGAUGGUCAUCUCUCCAUCCGAUGUUAUGGAUAUGUACGUUGGAGAGGGUGAGAAACUUGUUCACGCUGUUUUCUCACUUGCUCGGAAGAUAGCACCGUGCGUUAUCUUUUUGGAUGAGAUCGAUGCUCUUUUCAGUGCUCGGAUGUCCGCGCGCGAGAGUGGGAGUUCCUUUGCCCAUCGUGGCAUUAUCACCGAGUUUAUGCAAGAGAUGGAUGGAUUGAAAACAUCCCGGGAUGACAAUGUCAUCGUGAUUGGAGCAACCAAUAGACCCUUUGAUCUGGACGACGCUGUACUCAGGCGACUUCCACGGCGAUUAUUGGUCGAUCUACCGGGGGUUCCUGAACGUCAAGAAAUUUUGAAAAUUCUCUUGCGGGACGAAGUGUUGGGUGACGAUGUUGACAUUGGUGUCCUCGCUAGACAAACAGAGAGCUUCUCUGGCUCGGAUCUCAAACAUCUCUGUGUCUCCGCUGCGUUGGAUGCCGUCAAAGAGGACAUCAAGCUUCCCUGGCAGGUCUCCUCAUCGCUAGACUCAUUAGAUAGUCCAACAACACACGACCAAGUCAACGCUGAUAGCAAGGCGAUAGCAGGAGAGAGUACGUUAGAGGAGAGUAAGGAUGAACAGGUCGGAACAUCCCCGCCUCUCGAAGAAAUGCCGCAACCAUCAGAUGUUAAAUCCACACAUUCAAAUUCUUCAUCCCACCUCCGAACUCUUGCACGACGGCAUUUCGACAAAGCCCUAAAGGAAAUCACACCAUCGUCGUCUGAGUCGUUAGGUAGUCUUGCUGACUUGAGAAAGUGGAAUGAAGAGUUUGGUGAAGGUCGAAAGGAUCGUAAACGUAAGUCGGUAUGGGGUCGGGGUCGUUUUGGUUUCACUGACAAGGAGGCUCACUCUUUGGAGGAGGGCAGAGUUGUGCCUUCGUCUCCCACAAUAGCAGUACCAUCUAGUGAUACAAGUUCCAGUUUGUAA